AUGGAGAUUGGCUUACUAGAUGAUCUUAAAAAAAUUAAUGAUUAUUCAGCUAAGUUAGGAGAAUCAAUCAACGAAGGGUUAUUUUUUGCGUCUAACAUCCUUUCGUAUUUUUCUGAAAAUCACGAUGAAUUCGUCAAAGGAUUGAAGAAUAAUCUUGACUCUCGAGGGAAAAUCAAAAAUUUAGUUGACCCUUAUUUAAAUUAUAUUGACGAAUCCAUCGAAAAGUGCAAAAUAUUUUAUUACCAAUUUAGGAAAUUUGAUGAAUUUCGUAACAGUGCAAUUGCGAAACUUAAAGAGUCACUUCAGAAUAUUGAAAAUAAAACGGAAAAAAAUAUAUACGAACAAACGUUAGAAAAAAAGAACAAGGUCGACAAAUGGAAUCGAAAAUCCAAAGAACUCUUUCAUAUUACAAAUUAUAAGAGGAAAGUAGAGGAUGGAUACGAUAGUUUACGAGAAUUAAAUGAAAAAGGAGAUAAAAAUUUGUUUAUGGAUCGUCUGAUUGUCGAAUUGAAACGCAUUAAAAAGAGAUUGAAAUUUUAA